AUGUUGCCAAGUCUAUUUCGUCAAGUAGGCACAAAAGGCUGUCAAGCUGUUGUACUUCAAGGUGAAUACAAUAUAGAAUUAUGGGAUGACGUUUUGCGAAAAUGCAUUCUAGCCGAAGAUCCGAGUGGACUAUUACGAGCCGUUUUAUUGGAUGAAGCAAUGCCAGAACAACAUAAACGUCUCCAAAGAAGUGAUCAUAGAUGGCAAAAAGCAAAUUUGGAUUGUGUAGUAUUUUUACAAGCUACUCUUUCUACGCAAUGCCUUUAUGUGGUCAUUGGAAUGGAAGAUGCUUCAAUGAUGUACAAAAGGCUCUUGCAUAGAUAUAGCGUAGAUGUAUCGAAUCAUUCAGCGGACCUGAUGCUCUCUUUGCUUAAUAUCCGACAACAAGACAAACAGGACAUACAAACUUAUUUGGCAAAUAUUGAUAAACAAUUUGCUGUUUGCAGAUUCCAUGAUGUCGUUCCGGCAGUAGAGGAACGGAUGAAAAGUUUGAUCGAUGGUCUUUCGCCUACGUACAGCACGUACCGUGAUGCCUUAAAGCAACAAAUGCAUAUCCAAGUGGAAUUGGUCAAGAAUGGGAAACUUAGGGCAGGAGAAGCAUAUGAGCAUAUCGUGAAAUGCAUCCUAAUGCUUCAUCAAAGGAAGAGAUUUGAUAUUUUGGUAAAGAACGAAUCCGUCAAUCUACCCAAAGCACCAAAAGAAGAUCAAAAGUGGUGGCAAUCUGCUUCUACUUUGAUGCCUAUCACAAAACCUUUGGUCAAAGAAGAAGAUAAGACAUUUGUGAGGCCUUAUCCGCCGCCUGCACCACCCGUGAUCGUGAAUUGUUUAUUGGAAGAUGGUGAUGGAACGAAAGGGGUCAAGGAAGUAGAGAAAUCUAUGGCAGAGAGAGAGCUUGACUCUAAAGUAUUCAAGGAUGGCAUGGACCGGAUGAUGGAAUUAUUAGAGACAAAAAUCUUCAAUCUUAGGCAGUUGAAGUACGAGGAGCUAAGUAAGGAUAUCUUGAUAGCGCUAAGAAAGGAAUUCACAAAGCAAGGAGAUUCUAGUGACGUAGAACAAAAAAGCGUUGACACUGACAAAGCCGAAGCCGUAGAGUUGAAAGAGCAGGAAGAAGUUGAGAUUGCGAGAAAUGAAGAGGACACAAAAGCAGAAUUAGACCCAGAGACUGCAGAUCAACCACAAUCUCAACAACAAUCGGAACCAUCAAUUGAGGCCAAAGAGCCAUUCAGCGUAGAUAUCGAAAAUAUCAACCUUUCCAGCAAAGACAUUAUGCCGAAUAAUGCUGAAGUGGAGCAAAUUGAUGGAAAUGAGGAUAAAGAAUCGAGCAUUUCGAAAACGGUCGAGCGGGUCGAGUCGAAAGAAACUUUUGAUAGUGAAGAAUCCAUAAUAACUCAAGUCGAUGAAACGCCUUCGAACGAUACACUAGCUGAUCAUGGUAGUCAUCGUACAACAAACAGAGCUACUCAAGGCGUCAAAGAGGUUGUUGAUCUGGCUACUAAUAUGGCAGAAGAAUUCAAAUCACAGGAUGAAAAAAUCGACAGCACCGAAUGCGAAAAUGGGCAUACAAUAAUUCCUGCAGAGAAGGAGGGAUCGAUGUUCAAACACCCAGACAAUCAGAUUGACCAACUUUCACUGGAUCGCGAAAAGACCACAAGUAACGAUCAAUGGCAGAAUAUUGAUGGUUUCAAGGCCCAUAGUGAUCCUCUAAGCGACGAAGAACUAGUAGAACAGCUUAUGGGUAAGAUGAAGGCUCAUCAAGAGAAUGAGAAGGACGAAUUAGUCGAAGUAAAGCCUGUUCCCAAAGAGAAUGGAGUUACACACCCUUACGAAAGCAAGGAUACCAGAGAUACCAAAGAGAUAGAAAAUUAUCUACUUCAAACCGGGGUCACGGAGUAGAACAUAAUGCCUACUUCUCAAAGCUCAGGGACUACAACUUUCAUUCGAAA